CGUCUGUGCUUGAAACUUCAAAUUUGAACGUCAAAUAUUGUGUUGUUUAUUCCUGGUUUCCAUAAAUUUUCGAAAUAAAUUAACUAACUCUUUGCCGAAUCUAGUUACUAAUUGAGAAAAAUGUCUGAUAAACCAAAAUUAGAUUUGGGUGUUCUCGAAGAAGAUGACGAAUUUGAGGAAUUCCCUGUGGAAGAUUGGUCUGGUAAAGACAGAGACGAACAAGAUAUCAGCGUUUGGGAGGAUAAUUGGGAAGAUGAUAAUGUAGAAGAUGAUUUCAACAAACAGCUGAGGAAUCAGUUGGAUAAGCAGACAAAUUCUGUUGGUGGAAAAUAAUGAUAUUAAUUAGUUUUGUAAAAUUUUUAUUUGAAAAAUAAAUAUUUGUGAAUUAUCA